UUGAUUGACGCGUUCACUGGCGCAUUGAAAACAACAUUCGAAGGGCACAGAAAUGACCAGCAAGAGGCUUUGGAAGCCUCAUUUUCUCCAGAUUCGCAAUUCGUAUUUUGUGGGUCUUCUGAUCGUUGUAUCCACGCGUGGUGUACUGAAACUGGUAAAAGAGUAGCUACAUUUGAAACUGAACAUGAUGCUCACCUUCGAAUAGUUUCUUGGAAUCCGAAGCACUUCAUGGUGGCGUCGGCUUGCACUAAAUUGUGCUUCUGGAUUCCUGGUGAUGACGUGGUUGAAAAUUGA